AUGGAGAAUGAUUUGCCAACUCAUGAAGUCCAAUCAUGUCGCAAAUUGGACUUUGAAGAUGUUGACUUGCAGGAGAUAAAUGAUAAUGCCUUACCUCUUUGUAUUACUGAUGGCAAUCGAGGAAAUCAAAUUUUUCUUCCUUUGGCUAUACCGGAUGACUUGGUCCCGAAACUUGACAUGGAAUUCGAUACUGAAGUAGCAGCCAAAAAUUUUUACCAAAAAUAUGCUAAAGCAUCUGGUUUUGGAACUCGAUUGAGUAAGGGACAUAAAGACAAAAAUAGUGAUUUGAUGUUGGACAGGGUUUUUUGCUGCUCCCGUGAAGGAAAAAAGCCAAAAGACAAACGCAAUAUGAUUGUUAAGUGUCCUCGUCCAGAAACAAGAUGUGAUUGCAGUGCAAGGAUGAAAAUUAGCUGUAGACAAGGUGAAAAAUACCGUGUUGUGCAAUUUGUUGCUGAACAUAAUCAUGAGCUAUCAACUCCAAGCAAAACUCAUUUAUUCAGAUCUCAUAGACAUCUGACAAUGGCACACGAAGCUGAAAUAGAUAUGGCCCGAAGUUGCGGAAUUACACCAAAACAAUCGAUUGAACUGAUGUCGAAACAAGUUGGUGGACGAGAAAAUCUUGGGUUCAUUCGAGAUGAUUUAAAAAAUUACUUACGAUCCAAAAGAUCCAUACCAAUGAUGCAAGGUGACACAGGAGGAGUCUUAGAGUACUUACAAGGCAUGCAAUUAGAGGAUCCAAAUUUUUUUUACGCCAUUCAAGUAGAUGAAGAUGACUUGAUAACUAACAUAUUUUGGGCUGAUGCAAAGAUGAGAACGGAUUUUGCUCAUUUUGGUGAUGUGGUUUGUUUUGAUACAACUUAUAGAAAACACAAAGAUGGGAGGCCAAUUGCAUUAUUCGUUGGUGUAAAUCAUCAUAAACAAACUACUGUUUUUGGGGCUGCUUUAUUAUAUGACGAGACAAUUCUGACAUUUGAAUGGCUGUUUGACACAUUUGCUAAGGCUAUGAUGGGAAAAAUACCAAGAACUAUUCUUACAGACCAGGACGGAAGAAUGGCAACAGCUUUGGCUUCUCAAUGGCCAACAACGUAUCACCGCUUAUGUAUAUGGCAUAUCUAUCAAAAUGCAGCAACGCAUCUAGCUGAUGUCUUUAAAGAUUUUCAAAAUUUUGCGACAGAUUUUAGUCACUGCAUAUAUGACUAUGAAAAUGAGGAUGAUUUUUUUGAGGGAUGGAGUGAAAUGCUAAAAACGUAUGGUCUGGAAGACAACAAGUGGUUGAAGAAAAUGUUUGAUAUAAAAGAGAAAUGGGCUUUAGUGUAUGGGAGAGAAACCUUUUGUGCUGAUAUGACCACAACCCAACGAAGUGAGUCCAUGAACAGUGUGAUAAAGAAGUAUGUAAGUUAUAAACAUGGCUUACUUGAAUUUUUUGAACACUUCCAAAGGCUGUUAGAUGAUCGUCGCUAUAAUGAAUCUGUAGCAGAUUUUAAAGGCAAUCAAAGUACGCCGGCAAUGACAUUUUCUUGUAGGAUUUUACAGCAUGCAGCAAGUGUAUAUACACAUGAAGUGUAUGAAAAUUUUAAGGAGGAGCUAUGCAAAGGGAUUGAUUGUAAAUGGGAAGUUGAUGGUGACUUAGGAAAUCAAAUGAGUUACAGAGUUACACCACAUGGUAAGACUUCCCACCAUCUUGUAACUUAUGAUUCAUCCACGAAUUCAAUUUGUUGUAGUUGUAAGAAAUUUGAAUUUGCUGGAUUUUUGUGUUCACAUGCACUAAAAAUAUUGAUGACUCUGAAUAUUGUAACAAUUCCGGAUGCAUAUAUAUUGAAGAGAUGGACAAAAGCAGCUAAAACAGGAAAUGUGCAUGUUUCCAGUGAAAGUAGCCCGGAAAUGGAGUUAAAGGCAAAAUUAAGUUUUCGUUACAAAGAAUUAUCCUAUCUAUAUAUGCAGCUGAUGACAAAAGCUUCUGAAUGUGAUGAAGCUUAUCAAAUUGCUAAAGAUGGAUUUUGGAAAAUGUCAGAACAAAUGGAUGCAUGUUGUCAAGGGAAAAAGAAAAUGAAAGAAGUGCGUAUUGAAGAACAUUGUAGUGUGUAUCAAGAUGUUGACACUAAUCCAUCUGAAAUUGCCUAUAAUAAAAUAAAAGGCAUCAAAGUGAAAGAAAAAGUCACCUACAAGUCGAGCAAGAGACCAAGGAGUGCACUAGAAAUGGCUACUAAGAAACGCAAGUACAAGGUGAAGGAGAAGUUUUCAUCGAAAAGAUUACAGGAAUUUGGAAUUUCAAUAGAAGACAUCUACAAUAGGCGAAAUCCCACAAACAUGACACAAUUAUUGCAAACGUUGGACCCUAACUUAACCCAAGGCUAUGAUUUGAUGUCUUCAAGUUCAAUAGCACACCACCAGCGUCAAUGAGUUUUGUAGGG